GGUGAAUUGUGGGUCUCCAUGUAAGGCGCUACAUCGCUCGUUGUGCAGGUAACUACCCUGUACCGUACGUACCAUAAUUACCAUCAUGCCAUGUACUUCGCCACUCGGCAGGGUCUCACUCCCGCCGCCGAGGCACACGCGCUAAGAUCGCAGAUGACGUUGUCACUCGCCCUACAACAUCAAGACCACCGGUUUGGCCAAGACGAAGGCAUAUCUACAUACUUACCUACCAACCUACCUACCGAGUUACUUCAUCGACAAACCGCAUCAUACCUUUUCGUUUUUAUGAAAACCACCACUACUUGCUCUCCAAAUUUUUCUCCAUUCAUUGCCUUACUUACUAAAUUGACGUAUUUUCUUUUGGCACGAACCACACUGGCCAAGAUGGCGCAAGGAGCCCCUCCAAACUACUAUGCCAUCCUCGAGGUCAGCGAGACGGCUACCAUACAGCAGAUCCGCGAUGCUUACAAGCGAGCGGCCUUGAAGACACACCCGGACAGGCUCCCAGCCGAGUCACCAGAGCGCCCCGAACGCACGCGCAAAUUCCAACUUGUCAACGAUGCUUACUACACGCUCUCCGACCCGUCCAGGCGACGCGACUACGACGCCCAACGCCGUCUAUUCGGCGGUUCCAAAACCACAGAGCCAACGGACCCCUUCGCAGCCCCCAACGACACCGACUCAGAAAAUGCGCAACAGGCCCCACAGGACGGCUUCAGCUGGGCCUGGAACUUCUUCACGGGCCAGCGUGACGGCGGCGAGGCGCGACAGCAAGCCGAGGAGUCUCAGUUUGGUGACGUCUUUGAGGAGAUGCUGCGUGAGGAAGGAAUGGCGCAGCCCGACAACAGUCAGCCGACGGGCAAAUUCUGGGGAAUGCUCGGCGGCAUGAGCGGCGGGGCGCUAGGGUUUAUCGUCGCCAACGUGCCUGGCAUGGUGGCCGGAGCCGUCGCUGGCAACAGGCUCGGUGCGGUGAGGGACGCCAAGGGGAAGAGCGUGUAUGCUGUCUUUCAGGUGAGUCUGGAUGUUAAUGUCGGCGGAGGCACUUCAGCUGCUCGAUUUGGGGGCAGCAUGGACACAGGAAUCCAUGGUCGACCGGGUGGCCAUGCUCGUGCUGAGAGGCGACGUCGGCGUCCAGGCCACCCAAGAAACGACGCAGGAUGAGAUUAUUUGUUUUUAUACAUGUAUUGGUGCUAUUCUCCAGAGAGGAUGGAUCUUCCACAGGGAGAUAGGGCAAGGCUGCUUAGCCAACUGGCGGCAAAGGUCUUUAGCCAUGCUGUGGGCGUCUGAGAUGAAUUAAGAGAGCGUGCGGUGAGAUUUUCUGCUGCUAUUGGGACAAGGUAAUAAUACCAGGAAAGGGAGUUGGGAUGUUAAAUGGUCGAGUUCUUUGGUGGCUUGAGCAAAGUGCGAUUCACCUCUUCGUAUAAGUAGUCUAGGUAGCUUAGGUAACUUCCAUGUUGGCAAUUUCACGAUUUUUUCUUAGAAAA